UUGCCGUCGAUCUUGCCCUGGCCUAGGCCUACUUGCAGUGUUUUGCAGUUGCAGUCUUUUGCAGUCCGUCUCACGAUCAACUUCUCAGUGUACGUUAUACUCCAAGAAUUCUCAAAAUGGUGCAAGCUUGGUAUAUGGACACUGAUGAAAGUUUGAAUUGUAGGGAGCCAUGCAAGCCUGAAAAUACAGUUUAUGUGCCCCAGGAAGAAUUGUACGAAAAGUCGGGAGUGGAAUAUUUCCCUAUUGAUGCUGCAACAUAUGACACAAACCCUGACUAUACGGCCAUCAAGAAAAAAAAAGGCAUCACUUAUGAGGAUACAAUCGAAGUAUCAAGAACAACUUUUCCCAACUACGAGGAAAAGAUUAAAAUUUUCUUCAAAGAGCACAUUCAUGCCGAUGAAGAAAUUCGCUUUAUUGAAGCUGGCAGCGGCUACUUUGACGUGAGGGACUGUGACGACAAGUGGAUCAGAAUUCAGGUGGUGAAGGACGACCUGAUCGUUUUGCCAGCGGGAAUCUACCACAGAUUCACUCCUGACACGGCGGAUUACAUCAAAGCCAAGAGGCUAUUCGCUGGCGACCCAGUAUGGACACCCAUCGACCGGCCCGGAGCAGAUGAUCAUUCUGUGCGUAAAGAUUACCUCAACAGAAUGGCGGCAGGCAGCAGCUAAUUAUGUGAGUUGUUCGGUGAAAUCUGUGGCUGCUAAACGCAAACUAUGAUGUCGUCAGAUGGUCAGAGGAGCGCACCAAAAGACGUGUCCAACAAAGGUUGUUAAAAUCAGGAUUUCUUCUCAAUGCACAAAUGUAAUAUCUUCUGAGGGACAGAUAUUAAACAGAAACAGUUGCUCAGGAAACUUGAAACAAAGGUUUUUAUAAAUUGAAUCUGUCUAUGAAUUUGAUGACUUCGAUUGUUUUCCCACUGUAAAAACUGCGUGCAGCUCUGCAGUUCUGCUCUUUACUUGGUUUUGUCACUGUGCCCUUGAGUUGGUCUCGAGGCAACAACGAUAGCAAGCAGGGAGAGAGAGGGAUAACUAUUUCUGUCCUUGCAGCUAAAAUGUAUUUCUACAGUUGCAGUUAGUGACUCCAAUUUUAGUGCAGUUUCCAGUAGGGAUUUUGUUUGUUUGUUUUUUGUUUUUGUUUUUUUGCUUUAUGAUGACUUGAAGAGUGCCAUUAUUAUUUUGUCGAGCAGUUUCUUUUUUACCUGUUACCUGUACUCUUUUCUCUGAAAUAAAAAUUAUAGGAGUAGAAGUACAUUCUAAAGGUUUUCUGAUCUCUUUUUUUAACUGUAUAAAAUGGCCAAAGCUUCUGAGUACACAAUAUUAUGGCAAUAAAUAUCAGCGGAUCGGAUACCUGUAUCAUGUAGAUCUAUGUUUGGGCACUGAGAAUUUUACUUUGCAAUAAUUUACGUGAGAAUACCAUGCAUUGGUAGUCAGAGCUGUGAUUUCUUUUCCUAACCUUUUUCAAUUGUUGACAGAGCAGCUAUUUCUUUUUUCCCACUGUGGUGUUCUGUUCUCUGUACUUUACUUGUGUCUGUGAAAUCAGUAGGACUGAGGAGAUACUGGAUACAGUUUUGCUUCUUCCUUGGUGGUCAGUUUUGUGUUGCUCUAUUUCAGACUCAUUUUGUUUCAGUAUGCGUCUGUGCAUACUUAGGGUGCUCUGGUGUGGGUUGCUCCUUCUUUCUCCAUCAUCUAUCGCCCUUUUCUUUCCUCCGUCUUUUCCGUGGUAACACCUCUAAACAUUGGCACUUAUGUGACCUGUUGGUGUAUCUCAAAUGCCGUCAAACUGAUUUAAAAAACUCACUCUUGUGACAGUGUUGUGUGAUUAAAAGAAAAAUUUUAAAAUACCAAAAAGCAACCUCGAGCAUGAAGAGACAGACUUUGACCGUGAUGUAUUUUUUAGGCUGGGCACUAGAGAAAUUACAGAUGAAGGAAAGGAAAAAUAUAUACUGAAUAAUAUCGAUUUGAUUGUGAUAGGUAAGCAAAAAAACAGGUAAGGGGCAGUCCCGGAUAUUCCAAAAGACACUUCCAAUCACUUCAAUAAGCAGUUUUAUCAAAAGCUUGCUGAUAGAUCUUAAAAAAGGCUCAGUAAAACAACUCUUCCUGAAUCACAGUGAGUAAGCAUGUCAUUCAUGACUUGAAAAGACUGAGUGGAGAUUUCAGUGUUUUGUAGAGAGAGAAGGGAGAUUUGAAUUUCACAAGUUGGUCGGAUCUUUCUGAAUAGACUCAGCGAAUUCUGUAGUGAGAAUUUUUCAGACACAAUUGUCUAAUGCUUACUCGGAAAAGAUUUCUGAUCGUGUCAUGGUUUUAUUUUUUGAGGUCACUCCCCAUUUUCCUAACCGGUAAGUUCCUUUUUGUAUAAGUCUGCCUCUUUUUGUAGUAAACAGAACGCAAAUAUUGAAUGACGAAUGGAGUGUUGUUUUAAUUUUUCAGCUAGCAAGUAUAAUAUACAGCUUGUUAAUGGGUUUUUUAAAAAUCUGAGCUUACUCAAGAUAUGCAAUGUCAUUUGUUAUAAUAUUGUCUCCUUUGAUUGGAAAUCCAGCUUGCUUGAAAAGAUACGAGUGUAUUUUAUUCUUGAUGCAGCAUGAAAUGUCUUUAAUUUAUGUAUUUAAACAUUUGUUGCUGUUCAGUUCGUGUAAAUUUUGAGGUUGCUUUCAACCAAACAUUCAUCAAAUGAAGUGGUCUAGGGAAGAGUGGCUAUGGGAAUGCAUUGAUCAGAUAUAUUAUAUUCGGAAUAUAAUACUGAUCAUAUAUACAUAAUAUAUGCGGUUGUGGAUAUUUUUCUCCAUGUGCUUCUCUGUUCUGAUUUUGCAAUUUUACAUCAGGUCAUGGAUUUUUGCUCAGUGCUUGAAAUUGUGGGAAAAUUGAACUGACCAUCCUUUUGGUGUUGCCUUUAAAAUGUUAUUGUCAGAUGGUGACCUUUGACAUUCUAUUUGUCACAAUAAUACUAUGUACCUACACACGUGAUGUAUGCACUUUUACAAUGUUUGUUCAUCUGUUCAUGUUGAAUGAUAGGGCCUUCUACUAACGUUUCUCAUAGGCAGAACAUAAUUAGCAAAAUCAUGUUCCUUUCUUUGCUAAUGAAAAAUACAGAACUGUUGAAACUGAA